UCCUUAGGUGCUGUUUCCCAGAGGACUGGUGAUAAAACUGCAAGAGCAAUCCCUCUCUGUCUUCCUAACAAUUAUCAGUGGGAUUCUAAGACUUGUCAAUGUGUUAAAACCAAUGAAGUUCGUUGUUCAUUGUAUGUAGUUGAAGAGGCACUUGAGGAGCUGAGGAAAGUCAAAGGUAUAGGCAAAUGCUUUGUCCUGAGAAACAGGAAAGGAAAAAUUCUGUGUGGUAGAUAUCCAGUUCAGAUGCACUGUUGUCAUGCGUAACAAUGAAAUAAAUGAUGGCCAAUGUAGACGAUUUUCAUAACUGUGUGGCCUAACUAGCGCUAUCCUUCCAUGUGCAUGUAAGCCAGGCCUCGUCAACAUGAAUGGAAUGAAUUUAGUACCAGUUUAAAUUGAGACUCAAGGGGCUAACUCAAAUGAAAGAAGUCUAUUCUAUUAAGUAAAGUAAUACUAUAAGCUCAGUAGGUCGCCAGUUCCUUAAAAAAAUCAAUUACAAAACCUCAUGACUAAAUGAAAAUAAGAAAAAACAAACGAGAGAAAGCGAAACGAAACGAAAGGACAAGGUGAAAAUACGCAAAAACUGUCGUGAAGGUUAUCAUUGACUUGCAUGAAGAUUUGAAGCGCAUCAGGCCGCGCUCUAUUUGAUGAUUUAAGGGAACGAUUUUACUGCAAAAAGAAGUUGAAACAAGAGCUACCAUGUGCGUGUCUGUUUAUUGUUUAUUUCACUUCAGUGUGAAUUUGAAGCCUAAUGUGGUAUAGUAAUGGCAAUCAAAUUAAAGUUUUCACCUACCUCUGUAUAACAGGCCCAGUGUGCACCGUUGCUGUCUCUGGUCCUUUACGGAAAGGAAAGUCUUACAUUUUGAGUGAGGCUUUUGAUCAACCAGAGGUAUUCCCUCUUGGACACGAAUUUGAUCCGGAGACCAUGGGAAUCUGGAUAUGGAUCGUGCCAGAGAAAUAUAAGGUGUGAAACUUAGACUUUGGAAAUUUAUUCCAUAUAAGCCACAGUAAUAUUUCAAAUCAUUAAGUGAUAGGAGAUCGAAUCUCCCAUAUUGUAUGUCAAAUGACGUGACUCACGAUUCUAUUUUGCUUAAAUACCGCUCAUACGUUUGCUUGCAAGCGCCUUUGAUAUUAAUAAGGAGGAAGCAUCAGACGUUCUAAGGGGUUUUUGGGAUCUGCAAUGAUGACAAUUAGCAUAUGGCAAGUACUAGCAUAGUUAUUAUCUUAUUCUCGUGACUGUGUGCACGAUAGACCUGUUGAAAAGCUAGAAAGCUUUGAAACGUUAAAGCGUGCCACAGAUUAAUGUGAUAUAUGGCAUCGCUCCCUCUCUUUUCCUUUUUUUAGAAGUGAUAUACAGAUGUGCUCAAAGAAAAUGUGGAGUGAAAGUGAUAUCUAAAAAACUUGAAAUCUGAUAUUUGGCCCCUCCCCCUCGCCCCUGUGUAUUAUCCCUCAUUGUUACGCAAAACACUCGACGGUUCCGCUUGCGUGUUUCUGAUAACAAAAACUAAAUGAGCCUCAUAGACUGGCACAAACAGUAGUAUUUUCUUGAAAUUGCCUAAGUGCAAAGUGUAUGACAGCAUUAGUGUACCGAGAACUCAUGGACAGAGCACAGACUGAGUCCCAACGAGAUUUUGGAACCGAGCCAGACUGGUCUUGAUCUCUGAAGUUUCUAUCAUGAUAGGAGACAAACAUCCUGUGUGGUCGAAAGCGUUCUGCUGAACGAAUGUGGGAAAUAUGGUAAAUUUUGAGCUCAGUAUUCUGACGCUUUCUAGACUUAAGGCACCGGUCAUUACUUAUCGCCUGAGGUGGGGGGGGGAAAGAAGGAUUUUUUAUUGCCUUACCCGAUCCCCCCAUAAGGCUAUGUGAUAUUCUCGACCCUCCACAUUUUCAACUGCAGUAAAUAUUCUAUAUGCCUUUAUAUUCUUAUUCUUUAUACUCAUUUGGCAACUACUGAUCCUCGAUCCGUUCCCACUUAAAACCAAGUGAUACCUAAAAAUUCUUCACCCAUCCCCAGGCGAAAUAAAUGAAUAAUGAAUAGUGACUAGUCUCUUACCUUAUUUAGGACUUAAGUGGCCAAGACGUCACAGUGGUGCUGUUGGAUUCAGAGGGUGUUGACGCUGCUCUCAGUAAAGGUCGUGACGACUAUCAGAUAUUUACUUUAACCGUUCUGUUGGCUUCCGUGCUUAUUUAUAACUCAAGUGGUGUUCCCACAAGGCGUGAUCUCGAUAGUUUGCAGUAUCCUUACCAUAUCAAUCACAUUUUGUAACAUGACCUCAACGGUUGCCAGUAGUGUGUACUCUUCACGGUCCUUUUUUCUCUCGUCCAUAACGUAAGGAUCAAUGGUUGUUAACAAAAGCAAAAGAAUUGGAAGCACGUGUUCGGAUCCUGAAUUUUUUUCAGGUUUCUUUUCAGCAAUUGCUUUAAUUGAAGUUUAUUUACAAAGACCGUUUUUUCACUCUUCAUAUCAAACGAUAUCAUUAAUUUCGAUUCAUUACGUGAAUAAUAGAGGAAUAAUAAUAAAGGAAUGCUCUUCCCAAGAAGAAACGUAUCGAUGAAGAGAUUGAAAGGUGAAAAUGCUCAAAAUUUGAUUUGGGCUCUUUACGGAUUACGACAAAUAAAAUAUGACUUUGAUUACUUCAGUCCCAAUCAAUACUCCUGGAUUUUCUUUAAUGUCGAUUUAGCUUUAUCUCAAAGCUGUCUGAACGAAUCCAUGCAAGAUCUAACUGGAAAGAAACUGAUAAGAAAAAAGAAGAAGAGUUCUUACACAGAACGUUUCCUUUCUUUAUUUGGUUGCUGAGAGAUGAAGUGCUCUCCAUUCCACGCGACUGCAAAGACAUCAAGGAUUACUUCUUGAAAAAGGUUAGAAUCCAAAACAAGGUCGAGACGCCGUCUCAAAAGGUCGCAAAUGGAAGGGAUACUAAAGCCAAAUAAAUGAUUCUUUACACAGGUUUUCCGUCAGAAUGCUCCCCGAAGUAGGAGUGAUGUACCAGAUGUAGCCGAGGGCAUCUUGAAGUUCUUUCCUGGUUUUAAUGCGUUUGCCCUAUCCCCUCCUUCAACUGAUCCAAAUGUGUUAAACAAUCCUAACACGAAAAAGGAUCAAUUACAGCCUCAAUUUUUGAGUGAAUUAGAGCAGUUUAAGAAGAUGAUUAAGUCCAUGCUAGUCCCAAAACAAAGCAGCACUAAAGGAGAGCUUGUAAAUGGAGAAGGUACUUGUUCUUGUUUAUAUUUUAGUUUUCUACUUUCUCAAUCUCUUGCCCGCAUAAACACAGGAAACUCAAACUCGAACGAAAUCUGUCAAUUGGCCUCCUUCUGUGGUAUGUAAGCUCAAACGAUACAGUAGAAAGUACGAUUUUCUGAACUUUUUCUUCUUCAACGUUCUUUUAAAAUUGCUCAAACAAAUUUAAGGUGAAGGAAAUCUCACAAAUUACUCCCUUUGGAUGGAAAAUGUUAAGCUUUCUUAUUGGAACUUUUAUGUAACAUUAAUAGGUGUAAGUAUAUGGUGUGUCUGUUUGUACUCGAAUGCAGCCACUGAUAAUACCUCUGAAUAUAUAUAUUCUAUCCUCUCGGUUUCAGUUCCUAAUUUGCUUAUACUUUUAUGUUUUUUUUUUAGCUUUCACUUUAAACCAAAUUCCUUUGAUGCCAAUACUACCCAAUGCUAUCUUACCUUUGCUUCCUUUCACAACGUUAAGACUGUAAAUCUUGUCAGACUGUGCAAACUUAAAGGAGCAUCACAGUACUGAAUACUGAGUACUAAGUGUUUGUUGUUUCAUAGGUCUUGCCGCCCUGGUCACCCAUUACGUUUAUCGUGCCAUCAACACUCCUGAUGUGGUUCCAAACGUUCAGGUCGCGUGGGAUCUGUUUGUUAAAGACAAGUGUUCAGACACCAUAAAGAAAUGUCAACAGAAAUAUAACGAGCUUAUGGACUUAAAACUGCCAUGUGAUAAUGCUGAGAUACAUUUGUGUCACGAAUCCGCAAUGGAGGAAACUAAAGAUCUGUUCAUGGCAGAAAUGUCUGGCAUUUCAACAACCACAGUGGAGAAGCAACUGAGGGAACUGAAGGUGACACCCUUAAGCAGUAGCUAAGACACUGAUUUUCGAAGGCCAUUUAUUUUGCCUUCCUCUUCACAAAGAUGAUCCAUACUGUAAGUCUCUGCCUCGGGGAGACGGUUUCGAGUAAAAAUCAUAGCUGAAGGGAGUAAGCUGAUACAACAUCAGUAAUUGGUAGUAUUCAAAGGGACUAGUCGCAUGAUAUUAGCUGCAAGAACUUGUUGUAGAGACUUUUUUGGUAAUCAGUGUUUACUGACCAUUCUAGGCUCUUUUGUUCUCCUGGUAAACCGAUGGUAAAUUAAUACACUCAUUAAAGGAAGCAAGAUAUUAAUUUUGUUUGAAAGAAAGAGGUAUCCUCUACGUUUCUUCGCAAUUUAAUAUCUUUUAGGAUGCUUGAUAAAAUUACCUUCGAUUGAAUUCGUUUUUUUUCUUUCUAUAAAUUUCAAUUUUAGAGUUUUUUCAAGAAACGGUUGAACGAAUGGAAGACUGAGAAUUCAAGGUUAACAAGACAAUUCUGUGAUGAUCUUCUGUUACAACUAAAAACAAAACACCUAGAUCCGGUCAUUGAGCAGCUUCAAGGAAGAGAAGGUUUAGAUUCAUUCGAUGACAUGCUGCACGUUUAUCGACAAAUCAAAGAUGACUACGAGACAAGCGCAUUGGGUGCUAAAGAUGCCAUUGCUGAGGCGUUCUCCGACUUUCAUUCCGCAAGAAGUCCUUAUCUUAUUCUGAUCGUUCUCCAGAUAUUUAAGAUUGAUCCCUAAUGUUAUAUGUUAACAUAGAAACUCCCAUUGGUCACCAGUUACUCAGCACUGCUUCACCAUCGUUACUUUCAAAUGGAUAAGCUUGAAAAAUGAUGUUCUGUACAUGUUUGACCUAUAAUUAAAACUCCGUGGAAAUUCUCACGAUAUUUCCAUACUCUUUUACAGAAACUAGCUGCGGAUACAAAACAAUACCGUGAUAAACUGAAACAACUGAAAGAUUUUGACCAGAGAGCGGCGAGGGAAAUAGCAGCAGCAGUUUUCAUAGAGCGGGAAAGGAUGCGGCUUGAGGUACGUUGUGCACACACAAGAAUGGAAAUGUGGCUAUUAAAAAAAAACUUCUUCGACAGAUUAAAGACUGAACGACAUAAGAGACUGACAUAACGGUAAGUUCGUCAAUCUCGGUAUUGGUGAAGGGUUUUGGAGUUAAGUUAUCCACGUACAAAUGCGGUACGUUUCCAUGACACUUAAAUCUGAAUGGGUACCAAUCAUGCUUUUAUGUUCAUUCCGGAGGUAUCCUGGUUUGCCUUUUCGUAGUUUAUUCAUGACUCGAACGAUAAGGUAUCCAAAGCUGCCUACUUUGUGUUAUGUUUUUCAGGAAGUCAACGCUGGUUUGCAGCAGGAAAAUCGAACAAUGGAAAAGGAGGUAUUCAUCUUCGUUAGAUUUCCUAGUUCCCUUGAGAAAGAUGGAAGAAAACAAUCGAUGUCACAACCUACAAAAUAACGCACGCUCCCAGUUUUCACUUUCAACUUUGGACAAUAGUAAUACACCUUUUUCUCCCUAAUGAAAUAGUCUCAUUUCAUCAUUGCAUAGUAAUGAGGAGGGUUGAAUUUCGCCAAGAGCAAUGUUUUUCAACGCUUUUGAGUUAAGCUAAAUUGUUUCCUUUAUUUGUUUUCGUUGUGCAUUCAGAAAUACGAUAGUCUUUGUUUCUGUUCUGUUAAGAUGCAAAUGCUGAUUGCCAGAUCAGAAAAGGAGAAAGCUGGGCUGCUAUUGCUAAAGGAAGAAAUGAUGAAAAAGGAGCGCGAACAAUCGCAGAAUAUGCAGCAGGCAGGCCUGAUAGAAGCCCAGCAGCAAAGGGAAACCUACAUCAAAGAAAACCAAGCCCUUGGCGAGCGGCUACUGGAGGUGCAAAAUGAAAACGAGGAACAAAUGAAAGUGAUGAAGAGCAUUUCAGAAAUGAUCGUUGUACACCAAAGGGAGAAAGAGCAGCUUCUUGAUCAAAUGGAGACACGUUCACCUGAAGAGUUAACAGAGUCAAUGAAGGAGCUAGAAAGAAGGCAAUCAGAAGAAGUAAAUGAACUCCUGAUAAAGUUGGAAGCUCGUGUGGGUGGCAUCAAAUCAAGCGGCAGGGAAUACUUCAACACCACGCUGAAAGACGACGAGAAUCUGCCAGACAUGAUGACUUCGAGGGCACAAAUCGCUCGGGAUCUACACCAAAGGUUGGCAGAAAACGAAAGAAAUCAAAGGGAUCUUACAACGGGUGAAAUCCUGAAGCAAGUCCUCAAGUUUAUGGGAGAUGUUGCACCAGUGGUUGGCAAAGUAGCAGCUCUUCAUCCAACGUAUUCACCUUAUGCUAUGCCAGUGGCCUCAGCCGUGGUAAGCAUUGCCGAAGCUGUGCAGUCUCUUGACUGCAGUAUCAUGUAA